AUUUAUCAAGCUGCUCUGGGUAUUAUUCUUUUUGAGAUGUAUUUUGUUGUGAAUGAAUCCAGGUAACCGAAAAUGGAAAUUAAGACGGACAUAUAGGAAAUAAAGUGACAGUUCUCUAAGAAAAUAGAAGAAAAGUUGAAGGAAAAUGCGCCUUAAAUUCUCCUUUGUCGCCUGCUUUGGUGGACUAGUGAGACAUAGAUAUUUCUGUCCCUUUAGGUGCGAAUUGUUGCUGAAUUUACAACUUAUUAUCUAUUUUUCUUGUACAUCUACUCUAAGUCUACUCACAAUUACACACUCUCAGCCCAAAAUAUCUCCUACGUUUAUACCUGGCUAAAGACUUUUAUUUACAGGAAACGAAAUCGUGGCCUGCCAAGAGCUUAUGGAAAUCCGGUCGCUUGUCACAUUGUUGUUGCAGGUUCAAUGUUUGAUUGUCAUCGACAAAGACCUAUAAAAAACCCAUGGUUAGUGGGUAAUGCGCUUUUUUUACUUGGAACAUGUCCUGAUUUUCAACCCAAGAUAUAAUUACUACUAAUUUGUUUCAACGUAGCACAUUUAAGUGCGAAAGUAUACUUAGAUAAUUUUGGUGUUUUUUAGAAAAUCAGGUUUAAAAUAAAGAUCUCCGAAAUUAACGCUGUUUUGGAACUUCAGUGUUCCUCUCGGGAAACAAAAUAAUCUUCCUGUGUAUUAUGAAGCAAAAUAAUGUUUAGCUUAAACAUUUUUGAUACCAACACGUGACAACGUAUGGCUAAACAUAUACCUACUGGUUACUGAACUUCCUGGCUUGGGAUAGAUUAACUAACCAAAAUAGUUGCUAUGAUCCACUUUCAUUUUUAAUAUUUUAACUGUCUCGUAGUGGUCGUCCGUUUUAAAUGUCACUUGAUAAAGAACUUUUACCGUAGAUUUGUUGGGUGAUGUAACUAUUUUAUUCUCCAACCUUUCAAAGCAACUUUAAAAGCGAAAUUUAAUCUCCAUACGCCUACAAACUGCAUCACUAUGGAGCGUCUUACAUUAUUUCAUCUACGACGGGCCGACAGAACUAACGGACCUGAAACUAGAACUAUUAUAGAUCAAAUGGAAACAGAAAGCCUUGUUAGUAAAGCGUACUACGAGAAACUUUGUCAAUGGAAAGAUGAUGCACUUCGGUUGUUCAAAAUAAACCACAUAAAUUAUCUCAACAAGCGACUUUUCAAUCUGCCUAUGAGUUUUGAACAUCUAGAUGCAAGCCAACCGUGGUUGGCGUAUUGGAUUGUACAUGCUUUAAGACUGCUGAACUUUGUAAUCCCUGAAGAGACCUCGGUAAAAUUGAUAUCGUUUUUAGCAUCCUCUCAGCAUCCGGACGGUGGUUUUGGUGGCGGGCCUUACCAAUUUGCACAUCUUGCAACUUCAUAUGGUGCAGUUAAUUGUUUGGCUUCUUUAUGUCGUCGAGAUGCCCUAGAUAUUAUCAAUCGGGAUACACUGGCUGACUGGAUGCGGAAACUUCAUCAGCCAGACGGCUCAUUUUUAAUGCAUUUGGGAGGUGAAGCUGAUGUUCGAGGUGCCUACUGUGCCACAGCAGUUGCAAAACUUACUGGGUUGCUUAAAAAACAUCCUGAUUUGUUUGAAUCGACUGCAGAGUGGGUGGCUAGUUGUCAGACGUAUGAAGGUGGUUUCGGCGGUCAACCUGGAUUGGAGGCUCAUGGUGGUUAUGCCUUCUGUGCGGUAGCAACGCUGUGCCUUUUGGGAAGGUCAGAUUUAAUUAAUUUACCUAGACUAUUGUAUUGGGUCAGCCAUCGUCAAAUGGCGACAGAAGGUGGUUUUCAGGGUAGAACAAAUAAGUUAGUGGACAGUUGCUACUCUUUUUGGCAAGGUGCUAUUUUCCCAAUUGUCGAAGAACUGUUAUGGCUGUUUGGCGACCCUGCGCUUAAUGACAUUGAUACGUUGUUUAACCCUUCUGCCUUGCAAGAAUAUAUACUGCUCUGCUGCCAAAAGGUUUCUUACACUCGUCCAGGUCUGAGUGUGCAUGCAGAUGAUUCUUCUGGUGAAAAAUUGUCGUCUUCAAAUAAAAAUUUCACGUCUGAAUACGAUGUAUCUACUUCUGAUGGUGGAUUAAUUGAUAAACCCGGAAAAAACCCUGAUGCGUAUCACACGUGUUACUCUUUAAGCGGAUUGAGCGUAGCACAACAUUCUCCUCGUUGCCGUGUUGAAUCACACCAAAAAUAUGAUCUUCCUCAUCCAUCACCUGCUGUCGAUGUAUUAGGUGAAGAAUUAGGUAAUGAACUGGUCGACUUAGACCCUACCCAUAAUAUCAUGCAUGAUGGUUUAGCAUUUACUGUCACGUACUUUUCUGAGCUGGAUAAUGGUCAUUCACCAAAAGAUGCAGAGGAAUUAGCGUUGGCGGCAGCAGAAAAGUACUCUGUACCCGCAUUAUCAGUAUUCAAAAGACAGGAAAGUCCUACGGAGUUCCAUACUUAUGAUACCAGUGAUAAUGAAAUCACUGUUCCUCAGCAUUCUCAAUCAAUGAACACUUGUACAACGCCGUAGAUAUUUUAUAAGAUUGUGACGUGUGGGCGAGAAUGAUUGGUUGUAGAUAGUCUGACAGGCGUUAGAUAAGUUAUAUAUUUUCUUAUCGUUAUUAUUAUUAUCGAUUGUUGCUGGAUUGUGUCGGCUUGUUGUCAGUUUUUGGUGUAAAUAUAUUUACGUUUCAGUCAGACU